GCAGCAGACUGCACUGUGCCCGCCGCAGUGAAUCCAAAAAUAUCUCCUUUCUCCCGCUGCAAGACGCAGCCCAGCCUCGCGGUCGCGGUAACAAAUCCUCCUGCCGGCGGCGGCGGUAGAUCUCCCUCCCCCUUCCUCUUUUCGGGAAGGAAACCUCCAAUUUAUUCCCCCCAAUCCCGCCGCAAUUCCAAAUCCCAUUCUUUCUUCCCCCUCUCCCCUUAUCCCGCCGCCGCAAUCCCUCUGACCCCUCCUACAGCCGCCGCCGGCCCCGAAUCCCGCAAAGCUCGAUAAUUUCCCCCCUUUCGUGCGGGCCAUGGCGGCGGAGGAGGCGAGCAGCAGCAGCGGCGGCGAGGAGGGCUCCGGGUCCGGCGCCAUGUCCAUGCCCGGCUCCGCCUCCGGCACGUGGACGCGGGAGCAGGAGAAGGCGUUCGAGAACGCGCUGGCCACGCUGCCGGAUCCGGACGACGAGGCCGCCAUGUGGGACGCCAUCGCCGCCGCCGUCCCGGGCAAGACGCCGGAGGAGGUCCGGCGCCACUACGACCUGCUCGUCGAGGACGUCGACGGCAUCGAGGCCGGCCGCGUGCCGCUGCUCGUCUACGCCGGCGACGACGACGGCGCGGCCUCCGCGGGCGGGAAGAAGGGCGCGGAGAAGGGGGACAAGGGCGGGGACAGGGGCUCGUCCAAGUCCGCCGAGCAGGAGCGCCGGAAGGGGAUCGCCUGGACCGAGGACGAGCACAGAUUGUUCCUUCUUGGACUGGAAAAGUAUGGCAAAGGUGACUGGAGGAGCAUCUCAAGAAACUUUGUGAUCUCAAGGACACCCACUCAGGUUGCUAGCCAUGCACAGAAGUACUUCAUCCGCCUGAACUCAAUGAACAGAGAGAGGCGGCGAUCAAGUAUACAUGACAUCACCAGCGUGAAUGGAGAGGCAUCAGCCGCCCAGGGGCCAAUCACAGGCACAAAUGGUCAGGCAGCAGUUCCCGCGAAGUCCCCCAAGCAACAUGCACAGACAGCGAACCCGCCGCCAGGCGUCGACGCCUUUGGUACCACGAUCGGGCAGCCGGUCGGCGGCCCCCUUGUGUCCGCCGUAGGCACCCCCGUCACGCUCCCUGUCUCUGCUCCGCCCCACAUGGCCUACGGCAUGCAUGCCCCAGUCCCAGGAACGGUGGUGCCCCGUGCUCCGAUCAACAUACCCUACCCGAUGCCGCCACCCUCGUCCCGAUGAUGGCCUCCCUCCUGAAUAGACACUGUUAAGCGCUGCCAGACAAAACUCAGAACCUCCUCUACAUGCUGUUCGGCCUUCCAGUGAAAUGCUCUGUUAUGUCUGAAUAAAGGAAUAGCAAUAAACUCUUGUACAUUACAGAUGUUGGUCGUUAAACAUAGCGUCUUGUGGACAUUGCAGAUAAUGUACUUGCUAUCAUGUUGGCUUCAUUGGUCGAUGUGCGCCUGUGUCAGGGGUUUCAGGCUGGAUGGAUGCUGGGUGCCAGGCUUCAGGCCAGAUAUUGUGGUUCAGUUAGCGUUGUAUCUUAUGAUGAUAAACCUUGGUUGCCCUGUGAGUUAGCGGUUGUGUAAAUGUAUAAUGCUGUACUUUUGUGCAAGCUACAGAAUCGUGAUGUGAUGUCCCUGUUAUCAGGCAAUUAAGAAAGGACUUAAUCUAAUAAUUUGUUUUUGUUUUACAA